CUAGCGCACUUAUUCAGCAGAGACAUGAUGUGUGUGUUCAUAGUGCGAAAGUGCAUCAGAGGGCUGAGUGGAGGGUGAAAGUAUGAUUAGAAAAAAUGAUAGUGGAGAGGAUGGCUGUUUACAUUCACACUGAGUGAGGGUGAGAGGUGGAGAUGAGAAGAGAACAGCAUUCCGUUUCCACUGGUGAGUAGGAGACAGGAUAGGAGGAUGGGGAGGGACCGCAGAACCCCACACCUGUGUACUGGUAAGUGGUGAAGACGUUUCAUCUGAGGGAGAAGGCAGCCAUUUGCUGUGUGAGGAUAGCAUUUCGUCUUCUUGCGCUCCUCUUCACGUGCUCCCACCUUCACCGUAACGACACACACACGGACGGAGCACGAGAGUCCACAGUGGUGUGGUCAGACACAAACUGCUCUGCCGUAGAGGCUGGUUCAGACGAGGGGCCUCAAGAGACUGUACGCUGACCUCUGCACAUACUGACCAGGGCUGAGAGCAGGGAGCAGACACGCGAGGUCAUACAAUCGAUGUUUACUCAGGUACACUUCGCGGUUGCUGCCGGCAAUACCUGUGUCAUGUGACUAGCUGACUCGACGUUUUUUCUGUGUUUGUGUGGUGGGAGCUAUCUGGCACUGGGCAACAGUUGAGUAACGUCCUUUGCACCUGUCGGUACAGUUUGUCGGUACGUUACAGGACCAUCGACAGAAGUCGUACUAAGCCCCCACUGCAGCUUGCCAGAUUCCUCUCCCAAUCUCUAAGAAAAAUCACACCCUUCCCUGGACAGUUGUGCUCCCAAGAGUGAGUGGAGUUCGUUCACGAGCACAUCUCAUGUCGGUGGUGCCGCAGGCAGCUGAACCUGCACAGUAGGUCUCCGUCAAUUUCCACGUUACCCGACCCCGUCCCUCCACCCACAGCCUCUCCUUCGCACUCCGUCUCCAGUCUGGAUGAUCCCUUCUCCUCCGUUCAGCUAGCUAGCUGGACCGGGGAAACAGAGAAAGCGUCCUUCGCCAGCCAAAGCCGCGUGCUAACGCUAGCGUUUCCGAAUUUGCGCCAGUGAGGAAGGUUAUUAGUAGCACCGCGGCAGGAAGACAAUAACUACAUACGUACGGAGAGCAGAAUCUGAAGGGCGGCCCAUGUCUACCAGUGUAGAACUGCAGGAUAUUCGAUAGACAGCGAGAAGUAGAGGCAGUAGCUGAGAGCUCUGCCGCGGAGGAGCCAGCGGCGGAGGGAGAAAGGGCAGGGACUGACCCAGACUCGUUCUCUCUGGUGGAGGCGGCGCAGUACGGGAACCUGGAGAGAAGCAGACACCUGUGGAGGUGUGUGGGGAAGAUGUCACGAAGGGGAAUAACGAGAACAUCACUGUCCUCCACUGGGCAGCCAUUAACAACCGCAUCGCUGUUGCCUCCUACCUCAUUCAGAAGGGAGCAAACCCCAAUGUGGCAGGUGGAGAGCUGUCCUCUACUCCCAUCCACUGGGCCACCAGACAAGGCCAUCUCCCCAUGGUCAUUCUUCUUCUCCGCUACGGAGCCAACCCUGAGACCCUGGAUGCUGAGGGACUCAACUGCCUCCACAUUGCUGCACAGUUUGGCUUCACCAACAUUGUCGCCUACUACAUCACCUGCCACAUUCCCAUGAGCAUUGACGUCAGAGACAGCCGAGGAAGAACUCCGCUCAUGUUGGCUGCUGACAGAGCUGCAUCCAGCCCAGACCCAGUGCGCCUGCUGACGUCGCUGGGUGCCGACCUGUAUGCUGUUGACCAUGCCCACUGCACGGCCCUGCAUCACGCGGCGGAGAACCACAACUACCUGGCAGUGAAGCACUUGGUCACUGCUGGUGCUCCUCUCAACCUCAGGAACAAAGAGGGGAAGACUCCCUAUGACGUAGCUAUGGAGGCUCAGAACAAGUUUGCCAUGGACACCAUCGCCAUGGGGAGGAGCAAAGCUGAGCCUCAGGGACUCUUAGAACUGGUCACCAGGCAACCAAGGGUGGUCUGGUGGAUCAUGCUCUGUGCUCCUACUGUAUUUCUGGUUGCCGUGGGAUACCUUGGGCAGCUGGCUCCAAACUGGUGGAGCUAUCUCCUAGGCAACGCAGCUAUUGGCUACUUGAUGAGAACUUUCCUCUUUCGCUAUGUGCCUGUUCUUAUGGACACCAAUCCCCUAGCAUUUGGUCUGGUGAUGGGAACAAAACUGUGUGUCUACUACACAGCCAUGACAUACUUUGUACCUGGAGGAACUCUUACUCACUUCUACUCCCUUCAGCUGGCACUGGUUGUGUCGUUCUCUCUCUUCUUCAUCGUGAGGUACAGUGACCCUGGCAGGAUCCACAGAAACACUCCCACUGAUGCCAAGAGAACCAUAGCUGAGUUGUGUGAGAGAGGCUUGUUCAGUAGCGACUCCUUCUGCUCCACAUGUCUCGUGAGAAGACCACUUCGCUCCAAACACUGCGCUGCCUGCCAGCACUGCGUUGCCAGGUUCGACCACCACUGUCCGUGGGUGGACAACUGUGUGGGUCUGAGGAACCACAAGGCGUUUCUUCUCUACCUUGUCACCCUCCUCUUGCUCCUCACCUGGGGAGCCAAGGCCUCCCUAGCCUACCUCUACAGACUCUUCCCAGCUGACCCAGACCAGAGCUGGGUUGGGAAGGCCUGGCAUUACUGCACCACUCAGCCCUGGGUGGGGUUUGUUAUGAUCAUGUGUUUCUUCCACCUCACCUGGGUCUACAUGUUACUGGCAGCCCAAGUCUUCCAGAUGAUAUGCCAGGGAAUGACAACCAACGAGAAGAGGAAUGCCUAUCGCUACACUCACCUUUUGCAAGGCACCAACCCAUUCAAUCGCGGGGUGCUGGCCAACUGUGCUGAUUUCUUUGGGUUUUCCAUGUGCAGAAAACCCAAGGACACAGUUGACUGGACCAAGACAUAUGACAUACCCACAGCCUACACUGCACUGGCUUCGGAGGUGCACCAUGCACAGCCUCAGGUGAGGAUUCCGCUGCCAUUCAGCUCCAGUUGGGAUCCUCAGAGAGACGGCGCAAGGGCUCCAGGGGAGAAACAGCCCCACACCUCCCUCUACACCUGACGACACAGGCACCCUUAGUUCCAUUCAUUAUGCACCUUUUACAUGAGGUUGUUUGCCACAAUAGUGGCUAUAGUGAUCUGCUGCAUUGUCAAUGUACAGUGCACACAAAACACAAUGGAACUAGAGCACACAAUGAGAACUGUCUGUCAGAGCCGACUAAAGGGGUGGUGUGGGGUGAGUGUGUGAGGGUGACUGGUGGGUGCUGGGAGUAUGGUGAGGGUGUGAGGGUGUUGUCGCCCAACGUGUAGAGAAUACAGUUGCUGUUGCUGCGAGGAGAGGAAGGCAGGGAAAGAGGGCUGCUGGGUUGUCAGGCCAUGGAGACAGAGAUGGGAAACAUCCGCGUGGUCGCCACCAGGCAGAAGGUGCGGAGUGGGGCUACUGUCUGCUGAGGCAUAGCCCGUGUCCUCACUUGUGAGGGAGCUCUUCUGUGGCAGGAGGGAGUAGUGGUGAGGAAGGUAGGUGAGAGGGGAGAGGUGGUAAGAGAUGGGAUGGGAAGGGUGGAAGGCAAGCUGUGUUGCGAGGAGAGACGGAGGAAGGACCAGUGGGUGGGCAGGAGCAACCGGUGCAAGAAGAGGGGAGGGUUGCAUCAAUGGAGUUCUGAGAGGCAGCUGUGGGGUUGGUGGGGACGAGUUUGUGGUUCUCGAGAGGCGACAGACAUGCAUACACUGGAUCCAGUCUCUGACACUGGAGUCUGAGGUGUGGGCUGCCAAAUGAUGCAUGGUAACAAAUGGAGACUGCAAGGCCUGCGAUGGCAAGUUCCUUCUGCUAGGGUCAAAGGUGAGCAUGCUUGCCAGCAACGACACAAACUGGAGACAAUCAAGUUGCUCUACUAGUGACUUGUGCUUGUUGCUUCCAUGACUACUGAGCCUUGUCAGGUCUGAAAGUGAAUGGAAAAUGUAUUUCCUGGUUUCCUUGGAAACUAUUCCAGACUCCGCCUUUAGUUGCUGGGGUGACUUGAGGAUCCACUGGUAUGUAAGGUGAUUGAGAGAGAAGAACUUGCAGGCCUUGCGGACAUUGCGCAGCAUACAGGAAGGAGGUGGUCCCAGUGUGCUCACAA